AUGGCAGCUGAAAUAUGCAAAGCAUCGAGUGAACAUGUAGAUCACAUUUACGACAACGAGGUCACAGUUGUUUCAGUUGCAGAAGCUGGGGAGGUCGAAGAAGGAAGGGUUUUCCGUGAUAAGGAGAUUUUAAAAUUGAGCCUAUCCUUGUUUGCCAUAAGGAAUAUGUUUAAGUUCAUGGUUGAGCGGUCAGACAAGAAAGAAUAUGUUGUGAGCACCAUAUACACACCAAAGGAUAUAUGCAGUGAAAUGUUGCAUACUUUUGGAGUUUAUUUGAACUACACGAAAGCUUGGAGAUGCCGUGAACAAACCUUGAAGAUGAUUAUGGGUGAUCCAACCGAAUCAUUCAGUAGGAUACCAAGUUUCUUCUACAUGAUCCAACAAAAGAAUCCAGGUACGGUCACAUAUCUAGAGAUUGAUAGUCACAACAGGUUCAAGUAUUGUUUUAUGGCACUCGGUGCUUCAAUACGUGGGUGGCCACAUUGUAGGCCUGUAAUUGUAGUCGACGGUACAUACUUAAAUGGUCAUUGCGGGGGCACACUCUUCACAGUAUGUACACAGGACGCAAGCAAUAGCAUAUUUGUUCUUACUUUUGGUGUUGGGGAUAAUGAGAACGAUAACUCUUGGAGAUGGUUUUUGGAAAAACUGAAAGAGGCUUAUGGAUAUAGAGAAAGACUAUGUUUUGUAUCAGACCGUCAUAGCAGUAUAAAGAAAGCAAUAGAACAUGUGUAUCCAGGAGCCUGUCAUGGUAUUUGCUCGUAUCAUUUGCUACAGAACCUGAAACAUUAUUAUGAAAAAUCAGGAGAAAAUAUUACACAAGCUUUCAACUCGGCUGUCCGCGCUUACACAUUGGAGGAAUUUGAAUACAACAUGCAUCGACUACACACAAUGAAUGAGAAUAUUACUGGAUACCUGGCUGAAGUCGGCCCUGAAAAGUGGUCGAGAAUUCAUAUGCCAGUGAACAGAUUUUUCACAAUGACAUCAAACAUUGUAGAAUCAGUUAAUGCAGUCACAAAGGCAGCUAAGAAUUACCCCAUUGUGUCGUUGAUAGAGUCUUUACGACAAACAGUGCAAACUUGGUUCUGUAAACAUAGAGACGAGGCGCAUGGAACUUUCACAACUUGUGAUUGUGUUCUAACUAUAAAUGCAUGUGACCCAGUAUUAAAUUCAUCUCUCUUGAAAUUUGCAUUUGCAACGCUGAGUGAUUUGGAGUUUGCAUCCGUGACUCGAAUCCAUGAUAUCCAAAAUAAAGUAUCUGCUUCCAACCAGACAAUUUUUUCCGUCAUCAACAAUGACAGGUCCACCUUUGUUGUUGAUAUUGAGGAACGUACAUGUACGUGUCGGAUGAUGCAAGUCGAUCUGAUGCCCUGUCCACAUGCAUUGGUUGUAAUUGCGCAUACAAAAAGGGAUCCGUAUGCUUACUGUUCAUAUUAUUACACAAAUGAUGCAUUUUUAAAAGCUUAUGAACAUUCAGUAUAUCCUAUUGGAAACCCAGACGAAUGGACAGUUCCUAAUGAAGUACAAAACCAAAUUGUGUUACCUCCUGAUCAAAAAUGA